AUGAGAGAUGUAAUGUUUACCUGGAUUAAACUUAAGAUUGAGAGUGGCAGAGACUGCAGAUUCUGGACAGAUAACUGGUACCCGGAAGGAAAGAUUUGUGAACUCAUGACAGGAGGUAGAAGAACUAGGCUUGGUAUAAGACAAGAUGCAACCAUCGCAAGCUUGUAUGACAAUGGUCACUGGCUUCUGCCACCGGCAAGGUCUGAAAAUCAAGUAAGCAUUCUUGCUUUCCUCUCUGGCCUGACAAUAUCUACUGCUGAUGACUUCUACGUUUGGGAAAUUGAUAGAAUAGUUAGCGCAAAAUACACUACUGGGCUAGUUUAUCAAAAACUGAGAGGAGACUAUACUCAUAUACCUUGGACUAAAGCAGUGUGGAUUAAAGGAGGCAUUCCUAAGCAUUGUUUUAUGGUGUGGCUGGUGGUUCUGAACCGCUGCCCAACUCGCAAUCGUCUCCAGUCCUGGGGUUUGCAAACUGAUACUAACUGUCUUCUCUGUGGUCUUCAUCCAGAGAGUCGAGAUCACCUCUAUUUUGAUUGCCCUUACUCGUGGGAACUAUGGUCAACUAUGGCCACAAGAUUCACUUUGAAUCCUUUGAGGACAUGGGAUCGCUCACUAAGUCAGAUGCACACACUCUCUGGUAACAGAUUCCGGCGUCGUCUUCUCCUGCUAGCCUGGCAAGCGAUCAUCUACUGGGUUUGGGCUGAAAGAAAUUCUAGACUUCAUCGACACACUUUCCGAUCUCCUGACGUGUUGCUCCGUCUUGUUGAUUGUCAAAUUAAAGACCGCAUCAACAGUCUCCGGGAAGUCAACCCAACAACUUGUUCACAGCUCCUCCAAUUAUGGUUUCUUGCUUGUGAUCCUACCAUCGUCUCCGCUUGA